AUGCGUCGUCUCGUUCUUAGCAACCCUUUCGUGGCGGUUGUUGCACCGAUCCUUCUCGGUGUGCUUGCGCACAAGCUUCUGAGUAAGAGGAGAGCAAGUGCGCAAAGAGACGCGGAUGAUCAGCAUCUUGGUACGCCUAGUCCUCCGAUCCAGCCAAGUGAAAAUGACUACGACGUGUUCUUAAGCUUUCGAGGCAAAGAUACUAGAGAGCGCUUUGUCGACCACCUCUACUGCGGCCUCUUCAAUGCCGGGAUCUGUGUCUUCAGGGACGAUGCUGAGCUCCUCAAAGGCGAGGAUUUGAGCUCAAAUCUUCAGGAAGCCAUUGAGAACAGUAAGAUUUUAAUCCCGAUUAUCUCUGAGAAUUAUGCUUGUAGUAAAUGGUGCCUUGAUGAACUGGUUCGCGUAAUGGAGUGCCGAAAACACUUGGGGCGGUUAGUGUUACCCAUAUUCUAUAAAGUGGAACCUGCAGAAGUGCAAUAUCAAACGGGUCGUUUUGGACAGGCAUUUCAUCGUUCUCAUGGGCGUUUAGCCCAAAAGGUGGUUGUGCACAAAUGGAAGCAAGCUCUCGGAGAAGUCAGUUCCUUACGAGGAUGGGAAGUUGCUAAUGGGAGUGAAGGUGAAUUGGUAGAAUUGGUUGUGCACAAAGUUUUGAAAGAGUUGAAGAAAGCGGUGGAGUUGGUCGUUAGUGAUUAUCUGGUUGGCAUUGACAGUCCUGUGGAGGAGGUUAUGGAAUUGGUAAACAAGAAUACUAGUGCUACCUUGCGUGUGGGAAUUUAUGGAAUUGAGGGCAUUGGUAAGACUACUCUUGCUAAAGUCAUAUACAACAAGUUUAAAGAGGAGAAAGUCCUCAUUAUUCUUGAUGAUGUGGAUACCACUGAUCAUUUAAAGGCUUUGGCUGGAAAUCCUAACUGGUUUGGCUCAGGAAGUAGGAUCUUUGUUACCACUAGAAAUGAGAGUGUUCUUGAUAAGGCCAGAGUGGACAUCAAGUAUGAGCAUAAGCAAAUGCAUGAAAAGCAAUCUCUUAUCCUUUUCUCUAGACAUGCAUUUCAAAGAGACUAUCCUCCAAGUGAAUUUUUUGCUCUAUCGAGUCUUGUUGUAUCUACAACAGAAGGGAUUCCCUUGGCUGUCAAGGAUAUAGGUUCAUUUUUGUGUAAAAAACCAUCACGAAUAUGGAGAGAAACAAUACAGAAGAUGCAAAAUAUAUCUCAUAUGGCAGUGCAAGAAAAGUUGAGGAUAAUUUAUGAAGGAGUGAGGGAGGGUCGAAGAAACACGGAAGAUGUGUCUUCCGCGAAUCCUGCCAUGCCUAGUCCUUCCAUCUCGCCAAGCGAAAACGAUUACGAAGUGUUCUUGAAUUUUAGAGGUGUAGAUACUCGAAGAGACUUCACCGAUUACCUCUACUAUAGCCUUGUUGAUGUUGGAAUCCGUGUCUUCACGGAUGACGAUGAUCUCCGCGUGGGUGAGAGAUUGAGCGAAGAUCUUAUGCAAGCCAUUAGGAACAGCAAUAUUUUGAUCCCGAUUAUCUCUGUGAAUUAUGCUUCUAGCAAAUGGUGCCUUGAUGAACUUGUUCAAAUGAUGAAGUGCAAGAGACGCUUAGGGCACAUAGUGUUACCUAUAUUCUACAAAGUGGAACCUACAGAUGUGCGGGAUCAAAAGGGUCGAUUUGGAGAGGCAUUUCAUUAUUCCGGGAGGCGUUUCGAUCAAAAGUUUACGAAGGAAUGGCAGCAAGCGCUGACAGAAGUCAGUUCCUUACGAGGAUGGCAAUUUGCUAACAGGUAUGAAGGAGAAUUAGUAAAAUUAGUUGUGCAAGAUGUUUUGAACGAGUUGAAGAAAGUGGUGGAGUUGGAUUUUUCUAAGAAUUUGGUUGGAAUUGAUAGUCACGUGGAGGAGGUUAUGAAAUUAAUAAAUAAUAGUUUUGGUGCUACCUUAUGUGUUGGAAUUUAUGGAAAGGGGGACAUUGGUAAGACGGCUCUUGUUAAAAUGAUCUACAACAAGCUAUUGAAUCAAUUUGAGCAUUGUAGCUUCAUUGUAGACAUUAGGGAAUCAUGUAAUCGCAAUGGUAUUAGUUACUUGCAAAAUCAAUUAAUCCGUGAUAUAUUUCGAAGAGAUAUUCGAUUGCAUAACAAGGAUCAUGGAAUCCGCAUCUUCUCAUCCGAGCUUAAAGAUAAGAAAGUCCUCAUUAUUCUAGAUGAUUUAGAUACUACUGAUCAGUUAGCAGCUUUGGCUGGAAAUCCUAAUUGGUUUGCACCAGGAAGUAGGAUCUUUGUGACCACUAGAGAUAAGAGUGUUCUUGUUAGGGCUAGAGUGGACAUCAAAUAUGAGCAUAAGAAAAUGGAUAAGGAGCAAUCUUUGAUCCUAUUUUCUAGACAUGCAUUUCGAAGUGACUCUCCUCCUAGUAAGUUUUCAGCUCUCACUUACAUUGUGGUAUCUAUAACAGGAGGGCUUCCCUUAGCUCUCAAGGUUGUAGGUUCAUUUUUGUGCGGAAAACCAUCAAUACUAUGGCAAGAAACAAUAGCUAAGAUGCAAAAUAUGCCUCAGAAUGAUGUGUCAAAAAAGCUGAUGAUGAGUUAUGAAGCACUGGAGGAGGAUCAAAGAAAAAUGUUCUUGGAUAUCGCUUGUUUUUUAAUUGGGAGUGAUGCAAGAAUUGCAUGCUACAUGUGGGAUGCUUGUGGCUUUUUUGUGAGGGGAGGAAUUGAAGCAUUGAGAUCUUUGUUGUUCAUAAGUAUUGGAGAUAAUCAUGAGUUCAGAAUGUAUGACCAAAUGAGAGAUCUAGGUAGGGAAAUUGUGCGUGCAGAGAACUACCACAAGCCUCACCAACGUAGUAGAUUGUGGGAUUAUGAGGAAGCCUUGGAAGUGCUAGAGAGCAAGAAGGGCAUGGGAGUCGAAACCCACAUUUGA